AUGGCCUAUGUCUUGGAGGAUGAAACCGAGAUGGAGAUGAUGAAGGCACCGGCCGCCGCACCAACGGCGGAGGCGGAUGGCUGCAAGCAGGAGGUCCCUCACCCUCCCUUGCCACCAACGCCGGCCAAGCAAGAGCUUGAAUCGGCGUCGGCUUCACCGACGAAGGAAACGGAUGAAGCUGCAAAGUUGGAGUCACCUGCGAAAGAUGCUGACAUGCUGACGUGCAAAAUCUGCGUCCAAAAGCUGUGCAGAAAAUGCUUUCCGAAGAAGAACCUGUGCGUUUGUUUGGAAUGCAGACGGGCCGACGAAGCAGCGGCCAAGCAGGUCAAAGGGACUGAGAGGGAGGCAGAGUUCCAGUCCAUCAAGGCGAAGGGUGGCCCCGAAUAUCAGAGACUCAUCCUAGAGUUUCGCAAGCAAUGCCCGGCGACGGGUAAAGGCAAGCCUCGUGCGCAGUUUGACUUUGUCACGUUCUUCAAAACUGUGGAGAACUACAAUAAAGUCGCCAGCAAAGCUCAUUGCAGGUUUAUGACAGAGGUCCAUUAUUUGGCUUGGUCGCAAACGGCUGAGGGUGGCAGCUACAAUGCCGUCGAGGCGAAGGACAAGUGGGACGAGAUGUUCGCAGACCCUUUGCACCAGCGUGACAAGAACGGCAAGAACGGAGCCGAUCGACUGCUCGUACACAUGUUUGAUGACGUGGUCGGUUCCUCCGGCACCAAGAGCAGCCGCGGGUACACUUUGUCAGGCAAGACUCAGAAGAACAAGGGACCUGAGCAGCUCGAAGGGCUGGAUGCACUCAUCGCGAGCGGCCACGACGGGUUCAAUGCAGCCGUCUUUGAUGCUGCAGGUGGCGCCGGGCUUCAACUUAGUCUGAAGAAAGGCAACAGGUCCAAUCUGCAGAAGGGUGGGGUUCAUUCUCAGGCAUCGGCAUUGGCCAUACAGGACAAGCCCGUUCCCAACAACCCUGACGAGGCCGAGGAUGGUGCGGAGAAGAAGAAGAGGCGCAGGGUGGACAUGCAAGCCUUGCGUGUGACCCAGCACGACAAGCUGGUCCGAGAAGAAGAGAAUUUGAUCACUGAGAGCAGAGAGUGCAUUUCGACUCUCAACGACGCCUUGACGAAGGUCGGCCCCGAGGAGGAGGACCAGUACAAGAUGUACGUCGACAUGAUUAGAACAAGGAAAUCUGCAGUGGAGGCUUGGGCUAUGAUGGAUGUCGAGUCUUCCAACGACGAGGCCGCGGCUGCCGUGGCUGAGUUCAAGGCCUACCAAGAUCAAGCUAAGGCGGAUGGACUUCUCCCCUGCCCAGAGUUUGAGCAUAUCGUUUGCCGGGUGCAGUUGUUCCAGCAGGCCAAGACCCAGACUGACGAGGCUGACAGCCAGGAAGCGAUGAAGCAGAUCUUGAAGAGGUUCGGGGAGAACAAGACCCUUGUCAAGAACUUGUUCACAUGUGCGAACAGAGCCGUUAAGGAUUUGACCUCUGCGCGCAAGGCGAGGCAGAAGACGUGCGAUGCCAAAGUGCGAAAGGAAGUCGCGCAGGCUGCUGCCAAGGCAAAAGCCAAGGCAAAAGCUGAGGCUGCUACCUCUGUCAAGCCAAAAGGGGCACAGCCAGAGCCCGCAGCAGAGGCACUGCCCGCAAUCUUCAAGUUCGUCCGCUAUGCAUCGUGCGAUGAAGCCGUCUCCAAGUUGAACGCAAGCUGCACGGACCUGGAUGACUUCGUGAAGAAGGAUGAGAUGGCAUCGUCCCGCUUCAAUUUCUUCCUGCGCACCUUCCAGAACUCGCCGCAGCGAGCAGGAACUAUGAGCCUACCGGAGAUGCAAAACCUUAUGGAUGCCUUGCACAACUAUGCUCCGGGCCAGACCAUCGAUCCCGAGCAGCCGGCGAUCAGUGACAAGGAGAUGUGUGCACUGCUCACAACUGUUGGAGCCUAUGCGUUUUCCGAGAGCAUGCGUUACUGCGGAACAGAGUUCAAGCAGGCCUCCACUUUGAGGUUCCAAGUACACGGUACACGCCGCUUUGCAGCUGCAGCUUUCACUGCACUUCAAACCAAGUUGGGCCAGAUGCUGGAUGCCGGUGUGGGUGCAACGGCCACGGACGGCGGCGUCGGCGGUGUUGUUGGCAAGAUGCAGGAGCUUGGCAUUAACAGUGCCGGGCAAGUCACCUUGGACGCUCUUGCCAAGAUUUUGCCGAGUGCAACGGAGGAUGAGUCUGAUCAGCUGCUCUCCAUUUGCUGCGUCGCGGAGUCUAGACCCAGAUCCGUCACCUUCAUGCCUGCCGGUUUUGUGCUGUUGGAUGCAACAGUGAGCGCGGAGCAGGUCACGGGCUUUCGUGUUGCUCUGAUGGUGGCAGCAGAGCAAGACUUGCAGAUCAAGGACAUGGCUGCCAUCGCAAAAGUCUUCACUGCCCAAGGUCGGGAUGCGUCGCUGAUGAACAGAAUGGUCCAGAUUCUCGAGUGCAAGGAUUCCUUGAGCACACUUGCCACUAGCAACAUGACGAAGAAGGAGGUUCAGGACGAGGAAAGCGGUGGCGUUGGUAAAAAUGGCCAGCAGAAGCAGGGUGCAGCAGCUGUACAGCUACCUGGUGAAGAGAACCCACCGGCCCCAGCGGCAGAACUUGCGAAGGAGUCCGCUGCCGAAGCGGCUGAGGCCGCGUUGAAGCAGCUGGAGGGCGAGGCUGACGAGGACGAGAAGGCCAAGGAGAAAAGCGAGAGGUGGGCACGGGGUGCCGAAGCUCGGCGUGCAAAGCGACAGGCUUCUGAUGCGAGCAGAGCGGAAGAGUCGACACCGGCGCCGGCUUCUUCGCCGUCGACGGCUUCUCCUGGAUCAGAUGAGCCGAAGGUGACGGUGCCAGAGGCGACUCCACCGCCCCAGGCAUUGCAGGCAUCUGGAGCAGAUUCAGAUGGUCUGCAGGCAAAGCGAUUGAAGUUGUCCGCGUCGGAUGGUCCUGCCGGGGCAACGAAUGGGCAAAAGCUUAUUGAAGCCAUGAAGAAGCAGAAGGGUGUCUUGGUGACACAUUAUUCUGGCUACGAUGCCCCAGGGAUUGCGUUCUCUUUCGUGGAGCACUACCUCAAGAAGGCAGGCUAUCUGCGAAGCGACACCCGGUGUGUGCUGCCAUUGCACGCGUGCGACUAUGCUUCGUUAGCUCAGCGAGCCUUGCUGUCGCUGCCGGAGCCACUCAAUUAUGAGCACAUCUUCUGCGACAUGUUGGACCGGGAACUGAUGGAUUGCCUGCGCGAUGUCAACUUUGAGGAAGCCUCAAGCUUCUGUUUGGUUCACAAGGCUGAGUGCCCAAUCCCGCUUUCGAAGAAGUACGUGGACAGGGGGAUGCUCACCAUAGCAGUAGCAGGUUUGGAUUGGUCGUGUAUGGGAAGCAAGAGCGGGCUGCUUGGAUCAGGAAUUCAAGCCAAUGUCCUGUGGGUGCAAGAACGGCGGCAGAUGCAAGAGCAUCUGUUGUUCAUUGAGUGCACCUCUCAGUUCGAUGAGGAGGCGGCUGCAACAGCUCAUCUUUCUGAUUUGUACGCCUUUCAAUCCAUCAUCCUUGGCCCAGACGAUUUCGGUUUGCCGUGCACACGUCAGCGCAAGUUUUGCGUGGGAGUCCUGAGGCAGUGGGGAUACAUAGAUAAACCUUUGGCCCGUGUCGGUGAGCUCUUCAAGAUCAGAAGGCUUUGUGGAGAUGUGUAUUUGCAAGCGCCGGAUGCAGAGGUGCGGCAACAUCUUGCCGACAGAGCACUAGAACGCGGAUUCCAAGCCUCUGCAGUCGACAUGUUGGCACCUUCCCAGUUGCUGCCGCCUGCGAUGCUGAUCCGCCACGAUGCCUACAAAGCUCAAAAGCAAAAGCUUGGGUAUCAAGUGGGUUUGUGCAUGCUUGGGCAGAAUGCAGAGUCUUUUGGCCACAUGUCAGAAACGGUUCCAGCACUCUUGCGGUCGAGCACGGUGUGGUGCUUCGGAUCGCAGACGGAGCGAGAGAUGAUGGCAAAGGAACAUUUGCUUGUCAUGGGCAUCCCUGCCUAUGCUCAUGUAGCUGACGAAGUUGGCUUUGAGAACCCUUUGCAGAAUGUAUUGAGUGGACCGAACGCUUUGUCGAGUGCUCAGGUGAAGCGCUUAGCUGGAAACUCAAUUUGCGUUCCUGUUUUCGGCCACCUGCUGAUCUUUGUGCUAUCAUGCCUUCAUCGUGGUGACAGCUCAGUUCAGGAUGAUGCUGACGUGUAG